GCGAGCUGAUAAUAUGAGCGGUGGGGACAUCUGCCCCCCCCCUGUUGGAGCUCUUUACACAUAGAAGACAGAGGCUCGUGUAUUCUCCGCGUCGACCGAGCCAGGAUUCGAUAAAGGUCCGUCCAUAUAUCCUCUUCUGUGGACAUAUAUAAAUUGCCAAACAUCUACGAUGGCUCGGGAAAGAGCCUUCGUCACGUUCCUCGCGGUGCUGUUGACUGCGGAAUCAGGAAAAUGCCAGUCGUCCUCCGUGACCCCUUUGCCAAACAGCACGGCCAACGCCACAGCGCUCAGCAACGUUACCGCCACACCUUCGACGCAGACCUCCAACACCUCCGUGACCUCUCCAGCGUUCGGCACCACCCCCAAUGGCAGUGUGAACGCCACCAUCGCGGCGGGCACGGUGGGCACAGCUGUGGGCACAGCUGUCACGGCGGGGACGCCGCUCAGCGCGCCAACUCUACAGCCCAGUCAGAGCGGCUCAAACGGCACCGUGGCCUCGGGCGCGCCACCGAAUGGCACGAAUUCCUACGGCACGAUACCCACCGCCUCUCCGCUGCCCUCCGGCCCCAAGCCAAGCCCGUCGACGACUACGGUGGCGGCACAGGGCAGCGUGUCCACGGCUCGCUCCGCACUGCCAAACUCUCCUACAUCGGAUUAUAAGAAGACCAUCUGGCCAGUCGUGGCAGCAAUUUUGAGCAUCUUUGCUUUUUUCAUCCUGCUGCUCGUUGCCAUCUACUGCCUGUGUUGCAAGGACAUCAAGACAGUGCAGUUUGACCACCAGCGUCUGUACGAUGAAUCGGGGGAAGUCGUUUUUCGGCUGGACGACUUCAACGAGCACCGGAACCCAAGGUUUUACGACUUCUCUCCGACCGCCUACUCCCACAAUACGACACCAUCCUACGGGAGCAACCUGCAGCCGCCACCCGGCAGUGUGUCCACGUGAAUUCACGAAAAACCAGGCCCGGUCUCGUCAGAAGAAGGGAUCAGGUUGCCACAGAUGGACUCGCAACAGCAGAGAAUGAGAUGUUUAACAUGCUUUACCCCCGACUUUAUCUCGCGUUAAAUAUUGGGUUAUUUAUUCACGUGUUUAUCGAUGCGAGAGCUAACGGUGCCACCCUACAGUUGCUUGCUCGCUCGUGCCCACUGCUGAUGGAAGGGCCUUCUCUCGAGGGAAUUCUAGAGAGGCUUUCAAGAGCUUCUCUCUGCUGUGGUCUCGUGGUUAGGACUAUGGACUCGCAAUCCAGAGGUCGCCAGUUCGAUUCGAUCGCCCCGGCGUGGCAGUUAAAACAAUUCACGCGUUUACUAAAACCUCUUUCCACUCAGCGGUAAAUGUAAAUAUGGGUACAACGCAGUAGUCGGCAGGUCACGUGUGAUGGUGUAAAGUGUGGGUAUACUCUCAUUUGUCCAAGACAUCAGGCCAGUGUAGAAGAAUAGGUCAAAUGCCCUAUAAAGGGAUUCUCUAGAGCGCCAUUUAGUGAAGGCCUUUCUGACAGCGAUAGUACAGGCAAAUAAUUGCAGGGCUGUACUUUAAACUUUUAAUGUUUACCUGAUGAAUGUACUUAUUUUUUCUCAUGCCCCUUAUUUUAUUUUGUUCAUCAAAGGGCCUGUGGAUGCGUCCCAUGAGCCCAAUAACAAGACGGGAAUGAGCCAACCACAGGUGCAAAAUGUCAGAGUAGAUUUGUAAGGCUGGUAAAGGACUCCUUGAAUGAUUCCUUUGCACCUAACUCAAGCUCAGCACAGUUGUAAAUAUGAUGCGCACGAAUGGACAAUGAUAAUGCGGUGUGAAUUACUUUCACGAUUAAAGACAAAAACAUUGAAAAAAGAAAUAUAAUGUUUCGAACCAGUUAUAUUUAGUUCUGUAGUUGCGGCAAAAUCAUUGAAAAGGCAAUGUACAUUUUUAAAUGACCACUUUGCCACCUGAAUAAAUAGUUCACUGGUUUUAUACUUGUUGCAUGGCUUUAAACCCGCACAUACGAAUAGCGCUAAGACAAUCAUUUUAGAGGAAGAUUAUUCAAGUUGCUACUUUAAAAACUGUACUGAUUUCAUGUAAAAUGUAUGAUUAUCUUGAAAAUGUAUUGUAUAUGCUCAACGUUAAGAGAUGCAAUGCAAAGUUGUACAACUUACCCCAGAUUGCCAUGAAAAUGGCAAAGAACACUGUUGCUGCAUUGUCAAAGAGAUUUGUUACCUGCAACAAAUUUGUGAAAUAAAAGGGUAUUCGGAAAUUACAUUUCAUUGCAUAAAACAUCUAGUGACAUGACGUGACUUUCUGUUGGUGUCAAUCAUGAAUAAAAACAAAAAUAACUACAUUCAUGC